AUGACCAGUGAGGGUAUCGCGCCUGUCAAUGACGCUAUCAAAGAAGCGCAAGAGUUCACUGACUUGAUGAGGAAAUUUAGCCUGAACCGAGUACUCUUCGUGACUACGAAAGGCCUCCUAGGCUUAGGACUCGAGUCUAUACAACCGGGUGACCAGAUCUGGGUUGUCCAAGAUGCCAGGCUGGUCUUCACUGUGCGGCCAACAACGCAUGGCGACUUCACGCUGCUAGGAGAGACCUAUGUCUAUCCAUGCAUGAGUGGCGAGCUUAUGAAGUACGCAAAGGGCAAAUGCAUGCGUGCACGUGGAAAGCCACCUAACGCCCUCAACCCGGAAUGUGCAUAUGAAGCCGACAAAUCUGAGCUUGAUGGCCAGGUGGUGUACCGACAUGAGAUCACACUAGAGAAGGAGGAGAACACGGCAGUGAAGCAGGCUCAGACCGUAAAGCUGGAGGCGAAAGCUCCUCAUGCAAAGAUUUACUCGCGGCCGAUCCAGCAUGCACCGCAGGAACUUCAGGGGAACGACGACGCAGUUAUUGCCACGCGACCAGCUGCUUGA